AUGCUUUGUCGACUGGGUGUUCGACCGCAUUCGACGUCGGCUUUGGCAUCUCGGGCCCCCGCUGACUUCAUGGCGAUUCUCGCGUAUGUGAACUUCAAACGAGAGGGUUACGUCACCAGCUACGCUUCGGACCCAGUGCUCGCCUUAGGAGCGAUGAAAGUGUGGUAUGAACUGAAACAUGGUCUGGCAAAGUAUAUCCUGCCGCAACUCAAGAACCUCCUUUUGGAUGAAGCGUUGGACACUGGUGGAGUUGGCGAAAUUGGCGAGAUGGUUGCUCGCAUUCUGCUGCUUCUAGCGAUGGACAAGUGUGUUAUGGGGGACAAAGAUUUUUCCCAGUGCUACCAUACGAUCGGGCAAUUUGUACCGGUGCAGGAUUUCUUGAACGUGCUAACAGGCCACGAGGAGAUGUCGAUAUAUUGUAAGGGGAUGUACAACGCGGAAGAUAAGAGACCAGAAUUCAACGAGUGGUGCUCGAAGUGGGAUGGUUGGUACGUGGGGUUCACCCACUUUGUGCAGUUGCAGCUCGAGCCGAAUGAGGACACGCUUUGGUUUUUGCUGGGGCGUCAAGCUGCAGGUAUUUUCCCCCGUAACCAGUAUGGAGCCGAUUUGUUGAUCCCGAUGUUUAAGAAGAGAUCCAACAGCAGGCCAGUCGGUGGGGAGACAACGAGGGGUGAACAAGAGGAGCAGGAAGUGUUGAUGAUGUUGAUUCAAGUGAAGAAUCGUUCCCCAGUCGAUGGUGGGUUUUCCAGGGCAGCGACGGAGAAACUAUGCCCCUGGUUUGUGUUCGGAAAGAACAGUGAUGGGAACUCGUCAGCGGGGAAAUCUACUGAUGAAAUUGGUGGGGAUCCGAAACCGCUGAGCUCCACGGAUGUCCGUGAUACCAUUCGCAUCUACAUGAAUGUGCGCGGUCGGAAGAGUGACGGCAAGUUCAUCUAUGCCACGACAAUGAAAGACAAUCUUAAGCCCAAGAAGAAAGGCAACGCCUCUGAGGUGAAGGAGGAGAGUCAGACGAUCGGGAGUCAGGCGAAGAAGCGGGCGAAGAUCGAGAGCAAUCCUGGCGUCUCAAGUGUGUCGAGUGUCUCGGAGGAGGAGCCUGUUUUCACGAUCUGCCUCCGUUUGCUCAACAGGGUCACCUACCCGUUCCUGAGCGAGGACGUGGCUUCCAUGCUAUCAAACAUGGUGGAGUCUCAGUAUGACCCGCUGGGGCUUGUGGAGGGCGACCUGGACUAUCGCGAUGAAGAUGAAAAACGAAACAAGGACGUUAGUUCGUAUGCAAAGUUGUCGCUUACCGCAACGCGCGACAAGUUGUUGCAGAACGCCCGUAAAGCACUAGCGUACGCGCCGGGUGACAAGGAAGAAGAGUGA